AUGUCAUCGUCCCAGAGCCCUCUCAAGCCUCACCUCAGUCUUGCCCUCGGACUCAUGAAAACCGGAUACCAGGACGAGAUCUGCUAUGAUAGAGGCCGUGAUGAGAACAAGACUAGCUUCUUCGCGGGUCCCACCUUUCUCCUCCGAAAGCACAACCCCGACCGCUCGCGACCUGAUUUAUUGCAUUACUGGUGCGUGUCUCCUGACUUUGACUUUGCCGAUGUAGCAGCCGGGCUGCCCGAUCUUGAGGCCAUCAUCGAUGCCCUUCAUCAUAGCAGUCAUGAUAUCCUUGUGACUGAGGCUGAUGAUGCAAGAGUCGACGUCUGGGUCGAAGGGGGUAUUGAAAACAGGGCAGCGAAUCAGCUACUGCUUAAAAAGAUCACCACCCUGGUCAUACUCCUGGAAGAAUCGCUGCUCCUCAAGCUGGGGGCUCCAUGUCGAUGGCCCCGGCGAGUCACGCCCGUGGGCGAAAAUGGAAAGGCGGCCCGGUACCCGGGACCCCAAGGCGACGUUGUCAGCUCCGAGUACGACUCCCAUGUGCCAAGGAUGGCAGCCAUGGACCCAGCAGCCAAGGACCCAGCAGCCAAGAACAACAGAGAUCCAGAGCUCAUAGACCGCAAGAUAGCUAUGAUUUGGUCAACCCGCUCAUUGCGAGAGCUCCAACGUGUCCUAAACCCAAGGGGUUUUGCAGGUUCUGGCUUCUGUUUAAUAGUACCCAAAGAGCCAGACAUCGCCCAUACCCUCCAUAACCUAGAGCGGUGGGGGCCCAAAUACAUGCCAAAACCGAGCCCCAUCUGGUUUCGCUUCCACCAUAUGCAGAUGACGUUUGAGGAAGCAUUGCUCCGCAAUUGGGUCGAGAUCAUUGCCCGCAUCAUCGAACUGGCUCUGGCUGAUCCCGGCGAGUACAAGAAAUGCCUCGAAGCCAUCUUCAGGAUCCAGCAACAAGACGGUGUGGCCUGGGAGCAGCUAAUGAAGCACGUCCUUAAUCUAGAACACCGUAUCCCGUACUGGCAGGACCAGGUUGCCAGAUACGGGCGAGGAGAGGUCAUCACGGGCCUGUCCAAAAAUGGGCUGCUGCCGAAGCGGAUGGGUCCUUUUUACAGUCAACCGCCCCGGGUUUGGAAGGAUUCUGGAGAUCUUACCGAUGUUGACCUUAGGUAG